ACCCCCUUCAUAAGACCCUACACCCCACCCCUCGACCUCCCCUCCUGCAUCCACAUUUUCCGCCAAACCUGCUCCCCCGACCUCCACGCCGAACCCUUGUGUACCAUCAGCUCCCACAUUUGGUGUCGACCCUAUUUGCAUUUGAGCCCGCAGACGUGUUUGGUGCUGGAUGAUGGGACGGGAAGGGCCGUGGGGUAUUGUAUUGGGACGAGCGAUACGGGAGAGUUUUGUCGGCGGUGGAAGGGGGAGUUUGUGCCGUUUUUGAGGGAGGGUGGUGGUGAAGAGGGGGGGUUGUUUGGUGGUGGUGGUGGGAGUAAUAGUUGUCAUGAUGAUAAUGGUGUUGAUGAGGAAGAAGAUGAAGAAAAGAAAAAGAAGAAAAAAGAAAUGUUGGAAAUCAUCUGGUCUGCACCGGAAAAAGGAUGUGAUGGAGAUGUGGCUGGUCUAUGGGACGAGUUUCCCGCGCAUUUACAUAUCAAUCUCUUGCCCGAGUAUCAGAGACGAGGAUGGGGAGUUCAGCUGAUCGGGGCUCUGGUGGAGCGAUUGCGAGAAGAGGAAUGUCGGGGAUUAUACCUGGGCGUGGGAGCGAGUAAUACGGGGGCAGUGAAGUUUUACGAACAUAAUGGCUUUAGUAGAUUUGCGAAACUGGAGCAAGAUGGGGAGAAAGGGAGGAAAGGAGGGACAAUUAUCAUGACGAAACGGUUGUCAUCAAAUGAACCAAGGCAGUAAGGGGUCACCUCCAAAUACUGUUUCAUCUCAUGGUGAGCGAGCCUCUUCCUCCUUUUUCAGUUCGGCUUGAUAGCCCUCCCAACUCCAGGCCUUGACAUUCCUACUCCCUAUCGCAUUCAGAAUCUUCUUUCCCUCGAUCGUCCCGUCAAUAGCACUCUUCAUGUUUUGGAAGUGGCUCGUGUCGAUCUGAGUCCAUUCCACCACAUAUGUGAACUCAAUCUUCAACCUCUCGCAGCAUCGAAUCCACUCCAGCAAGCUCUCUGCUGCUUCCGCACUCAACGUUGUUGCAAAGAUGUAGAGCUUCACAACCAAAAGUUCAUUGGCGUUCACCACUCGGAUCUCGUGUGGUCGAAGAGUUUUGAUAUAUUUGGUCAGUUCCUGGAAGUUGAAGUCAUACACGGGCGCGAUGAUUUUGCUUCCUGGAGUAAAAGCGGCCUUUUGUAUCAAAGAGGAGUAUUCGAGAUUGAGUUGUUUACAAGUGGCCGACAGCCCAGACCCGGGCGCAGACGUCUUGGUCGUUCUCAGUGAAAGAGCGUCGUUACCGUUCCCAGAUAUCGGUUUGUGAAGGUGAAAUGGUUGAUCGUCGACAAUGACAAUCUCCGAGAUCACUGAUAAGAAAUCAGUGCGCGUAGCCUGGGGCUGAUAGGAGCAUCCACGAGAGAGGGUUGGCCUACUGUUGCGGACUUCUCGGGGCAGGCUGAGGAGAUGUGAGGCCAUUGUUGUUAUUGUUGUGGUGGAGGUUGGAUGUCUAGUUAGGUUCGUGGCAUCGGCAACUUCUGUGAUACUGGGAAACCUGUGACAGGUACUUAAUGAGGAAUUGUGCGUGUGUUUCUCGCUGCUCUCUGGCUCUGUGUCGUUCUAGCUUCAGUCGAGUCGGGUCGAGUCUGCUUUAUACUGCUUGCAAUUUGCUGAAGCACAACGAUGAUCGCGAUCUUGUUACAAACGUAUCUUGGUGGGCUCGACGAAAUGCUUUGUCUCGCAACCAUGAACAUGAUCGAGAAUGGCACACAAGAAAGCGUCCGCUAACAAGACACAUCUGCACACCCGCCCGGAUGAUAACUCAUGGCGCCACAGAUGGUAGGAGUUGUAGCAGUCAGGUGAGCGCUACAGACACCAUGAUCUUCCAGCUGCAACAAUCCUUCGUUCCAAAGACAGGAAUCUGCUCAAAAGGCAUGAAUCUGUGUGUUGAAUGCCGAGAUGGGAAUUGGUGUCGCGACACAGCACCUUGCUAAUCGAGUUUUAUGUGGCUGAAGAGGCGUGUUGGGCCACCCUUCAGGGAUAGCAUAUAAGUUCUGGCGAAGCACUGCAUCGUUGUUGCUACCAUGGGCGUUGGGAAAGCGAUUUGGGUGGUCGACACAGGCAGUACCCGACCAUAAUCAUCGUAUGAAAGCCACCAAGGAAGGGCAGCGAGUAGCAUAGCACAGGCAAGUGCACGCACCUUGGGCGUGCAAGCAAGAGUAGGCGAUUGGCACUACGUAGCAGUUCUGAUCGCACAAGGCGCGAUAAUUGGACUUCACCUCUGAUGCCUGUUCAGCCGGUCCUCGCUGUUGCGUUGUCCGAUGGAGAGGUGAGUUGGCAGGAAGAGAGUGUGGUCGCAGGACGGCCAGCAUCGAAUAUGUGCACAAGCAGAUGCUCGAACCAUCGCCCCAAGUGCGUAAAGGAAUCCGCUGUGUCGCCAUGCACUCACACGUGGUCUUGAUGCCGCAUCUAGGAUGAGGAUUCAGAUGCUGAGACGAAGGCUGUACCUAUUGACUGAACGUUGUACGCCCUUACAUCUGAGCUCUGACUUGCCCUCCACGGCACUCUCUUCAGCCGAAAGCAGGCGCUUCAACUCGCUUCUACAUACGCAUCAGAUGCGGUCCAUGUGGACUGGGGUGAUGCUUUGCAGGUGAAAGAAGAAGCAGUCAUCCCGGCUACGACCUCUAACCAGGCGUCUCAUGGGUGCUCAUCAUGUUGCAUCGUCGCACCGUCUCCAAUACGUUACCGCAGUGUAUUACCUGGAGUUCAGGGGUUGCAGAGCGCCCAGUUCAGACACUCAGCAGCUGUGAUAUGUGCACUUCAUUGUUCCCUAGGUACGUCGAAUUGCCGUAAGCAUGCAACUCCACUUAUGCUUCGCGUGCUUUUGUGCGCAAAUGUACACAUGUAUGCAGUGUCAUGCCAAUCGAUGCAAUGCUAGCUCCACAUGAAGAAGCAGAAUGCGCUCAAAUCAUUCAUGAAAGUCAUAAGCUCAUUUGAUCCGUCGAAAUUCGAUCAGCGCUCUUGUCUCGUUUCACCAUGCUGAGCUUGUAAUAUCUCUCCUCGCCGCCGGCGGUCAAGCCGCCAAUGAACCACUUCUCACUGCCGCUCCUCACUUCUCGAUAGCCUUCGGUACUGCUGUCGCUGCCUCGCCGUGACUUCCGAACAUCCUGGACAGAAGGAUAGUUUGGCGGUGGCUUGUUUGGAGGGCCGUACGUAGGCAGACCUGGUGACGGAGGCGACCGUGGCAGGUGUGUCAAGGGACUCACGUUGUGCUCGAGCGAGGGCGGGUAUGCCACGAGCUGGCAGUCCGUGUGGGAAGUGGUGGUUUGAGCAGUGUAGGGACUCGUCUUAGGAUUGAUGGGCUUCGGGCUCACCGCCGCCAGUUCGGGGCCGGGCGAAGGCGUUCGCAUGGCCACGGGUUGUGCUGCCGUCCAUAUUGUCGCUGCCCCGGAGACUGCGGUGGUGCUGGUGGUGUUGAGCGCAGAUGUCUUGUGCUGGUGGGCGCGGAAGGCGGAGAGGAAGCCGCCGAGCAAGGACGGUCUUUGCGUUGGCAUACUGCAGAACCCACUACUGCACGCCGUGGAGAUGGGCCGAUGGCGUCUCGGUAUGGCGGUCGUCGCUCGUCGCUCGUGGUCGACUUUGUCGUGGUCGUGCUCUCGCAGUCGUUGCUAUGGGUCACGAC